AUGACAUCGCAGCAGAUGGUUGAAUACGAAGAAAAGCUAGCAAAUGCUGCUGGAGCAACGAGGGCUCCAAGUGCAGCAAAGCAACGGACUGUGAAGCAUGUGAUUGCUAACAGCAAGAUAACUGAAAAUGACCUCAACACUAAGCUCAAGAGCAUAGGAAAGUGGCUGGAAAAGAAAUGUGAAAUACGUGUUGGCAUAACGGGCACUCCAGAUUCGACGAAACAGUUGGAAAGCAUCUACCAGAAGUUUGAGACUUUCCUAGCAGGCGAAGCAAGGUUUCUGCAGAAGAGAAUUCACAACGGAGUUCUGAAAUUUGUUAUUGUGCCACCUUCGGAAAAAAAGAACUCUCAAAAGCCCCACUCAUCUGAAAAAGAAGUCUCGGAAGAGGAGUGA